UUGGUAGCAGUGUCUCGAGCUAUCUCGACGUAAGAAUUGGCUUUCGUUUACGUCGUAACAGUUGUCUCAAUAAUUCGGAUAUUGUGAUAUUUAUUUCGCAAUGGCUAAUUUCAAAACACUGAGACCAUUGGCUAGUGUGUAUUCCUUCGGGCUGUUAAUGCACUUUCACUGGACACUAACAACUGACUACUUUAACGGGCAGGCAGAUCUGAUAGGCCCGCGCCCAAGAAUUCCGGAUGCGGAACAGCUGAAGAAAGAGCUGUUGUUUGCUGAAGAAUGUAGGAAACAUAUGUUCCCGCCCAAAGAACGAUUAGUCAAAGUUAAUUAGGACAACGCAUGUGUAGAGAGACGAAGCUCUGACUUUGUUAAUAUAAUUUUGCGACAGAUGUAUGUGUGUGGCUUCCCAUGAAGGGGGACAUGUUGCGAUUAAUAAAUGUAACAAUCUAUAACCA